GAAACUGCUUCACCAAUGUCUAUCAUUCUGAAUGUAUUAAGAAACGUGCUGGCAUAUUUUGGUGUUCCCAUAGACCAGGAUUUGCUGAUUUGUCAAAAUAAAAACUAUGGGUCAGUUCGGAGUAUUGUUCGUAUUAUUGGGAGAAUGCUUCCUUUAGAGCCUUGCAGAAGACCUCAUUUCCAGUUGAUCCCGCAUGUGAACUCUAAGGAGUCUGAUGAUGACGAUCUUAGGGUUCCAUCUUUUGCUGAUGUUUUAUGUGUGGCAAAUGAUGAAGACGCCAGUUGUCUCAGAUUUCGACAUAGUCUAUGGACAAAGAAGGAAGAGAGAAAAAUUGUUCCUUUUCAUCCUUCGAAACUCAUUUGGGAUCCAUCAUCACCUGGUCUAAAACAGAACAAAACAGAGAUAGCUGAUCUGCCUGUAAAUGAAGCUGCAAUGAAAAAGAUAGCUGCCCUGGAAGAUGAGCUGACUUUUCUCCGGUCUCAGAUUGCUGUGAUUGUGGCAAUGCAGGACCUGAGAGCGAGCAGAGAGGCUGGCUUCAUCGACUUGAGGGAUGAACAAGUGCCACCAUCAUCAGCGACCACUGGGCUGAGUAUGGAACCAGACCACGUUCCGAGUGUGGUGCUUUCUCCUCCUCCUUCUCCCCCACCUCUUCCUCCUCCGUUUUCUCUGCAGCCUCCAAGUUCUCUCCCCAUGCAACCUGGAUCUGCUAAUACACGUGACAUAGUCAGUCUGGCUACUGAAAUGAAAAGGCAGCUCUCAGGUGUUAAGAAGACCGAUGAUAGCCAUCAUUCAAAAAGCCAGAGACUUAGUGAUGUCCCAAAUAUGUUGGAUGUUCUGAAGGACAUGAAUAAGGUCAAUCUUCGGCCUGUGGAAAGGUCACCAGGCGGCAGACCCGUUCAGAAAAGGAAAAGACGGAGUUCAGAAUGGGACCCAGUGUCUUUAAUAUCUAAUGCACUGAAGCAGAAAUUCGCAUUUCAAGAUGAUUCCUUUGACAAAGAAAAUAGUUCCUGGGAGUGUUCUCCGUUUUCUAGUCCUGAAACUUCAAGGGUGAGUUGUGAUGGUGAAGCAGCAACUUACUUUCUCAAGUAUGCUCUUUGUGAUUGAGCUGUACACAUAUCCACAUACAUAUGUACAUAUUACAUAUAUAUAUAC